AUGUGCACUGAUGAAAAGUGUGUUGUGUGUGCACCCGUGACAUUCAUUCCAAGUCAGCAAUCUAGUCAGCCUCAUUCCAACAUCAUUUCUCAGUCCAGUGAAUGUGGUUGUCUCGUUACUGAUCAGGCGAAUGCAAAUCUAGAGUCCAAUGUUCUUCACUCAGCAAUCUGCAAUAUAUCUACACAUCUAUCCGCGGUCGUUGAAGCCUACUCCCAGUCUGUUAGUGAUGAAGAAUUUGCAAAAUGCUCUGCGCAAUACCGAGGUGAUAAUCUUGAGGAAAUGGAUUGGCGGGCUGAAUUCGAUGUAGAGUCCCGAGGUCUUUUCUUCCAACUGAUGUAA